AUGCGUCGGGAUACCUUGUCAAUUACAAAAUUUCGUGAAACAAAGGAAACUAAUCAAGCACAAUCGGAUUCGGAACACGAAUCGAAGCCCGGUUCCUGGGCGUCCUUGACUGCGGACAAACGUCUGUCUGACACUCGACGUGCCAUUGAGGCCAAGAAAGAGAUUAGGCGCCAGCGAAAAGAUUUGAAGGAGAGCGGCGAUUAUCUUGGUGUCCAAGGCAUCAAUCCAGACACUGGCGUGCUCGACAUAAUAUCCCCGACUGACAGCGAAAGAAGUGCGAGCCUACAAACAGAUGGAAAAGUCAAUACGCUCCAGCAGGUACUAAAGAAUGCCCACGCCAAGUAUAACGAGGCCCUUCAUCCAAGUGGAGCGGAUGAUUUACAACCACGAUCAAAAAACGGGAAAGAAAGGAUUCAACUGGGCCGCCUCUACCCAAAUGUGAAAUGGCGAAGACACACCAAGCAGUGGUCAUCGGCGCAAGAGCCAAAUUUGAGCCCGGUUGCUCAAUCUCUAAAGAGUGGCACACCAGUUUCAGGUAUCGUAUACAGUCUUCCAUUGUACUAUAACUCGUCUAACGCCGAGUUAGUUGACCUAAAUAUUUCCGAGGGCGGUAGUUUGGGCGAGCAGGAGCUGAGCACACCUCAAACAUCCGGUGAAACUUCAAAAACUUCUUUGACGGUGGUGCAUACUCCCCAUCGGCUAAGCCACGCAGCCAUUUCUCCCGCUGCCGUGGAGCUAUUCGAGAAUGGUAUAGAGUUCAAUGGAGAGAGCUCCGUAGGUAAGGACAAAAGAGGCCACACGGGACCAGAACGAGGCGAGAAAACUCCGGAUGGUUCUUUUUUAGGUCGACAAACCCUGGGAACUCCCGGAUCCCAGGGCAACACCAAAAUAACCCCAACUCGCUCAAUCAAAGACAUUUCGAGCCUGAAGUCCCUGAUUGCGACGCUCGACUCACAGCUGCUGAACCAGAAGGAAAGUCUUCUUCUAGAAGCUGCUACCGCACCGAACACCCAGAGAACCGGGCACGAACUGUUAAAGAAUUCCAGAAGCGCCGAUAUGAUCGGGGAGAAGGGCCAAAGACAGACCAGAGAACGGGAGCUUCAGCUCACAGAUCGAGGAAGCCCUCUUCAAAAAUUAUCAGCAAGAAUAAAAGGCCGUCAAAGAUCAAAGAAAAACCCUCUUGCCACUACCAGAGUAUCCUCUCUGGAUCAUAUGCUCAGGUCAGUGACGAAUUUGAAGGAAGUAAUGCCAGCGACGGAAGCCUCUUCGACGAAAGACCUCUUGCACGCGGAGGAUUUUGCCCAGUUAGAGAUGAAAGUUGUCACCACGAAGACCCCGGAUUCCAAAGAGAUAACCGAAACGGCUGCCAGCGACUUGAACGGUCAGGUCGGCGAAGUAGACAAGGGCACGCAAAGCGAGUGGAAAAUGCCGGCGGAGGACUCAGUGAAAGAUCAGGGGUGGAACAAUUGGGCCCAAGACGUAGUUCAAAGAAUGGUCGAGAGGAGCGAAGGGGUCAAGGACGACCCUGCAUCCACAUGCAUCACCACCACUACUGGCUCAGGCCAGACGACGUCUCCAUCGAGCCAAGAGCGAGAGCCCCGGACCAAGAAAAGGAAGUCUGUUCCCUCGAGCCAGAGCUUCAGCAAAUCAAUACCGACCAAUAUAACUGCCGGUGGGAAAGAAUACCAAAUGAAUCAUGCACUGAGUACCUCGCUGAGCUGCAAACUAGAUCAAGAAAUCGAUACUAUGUCGACUGCAACCACCAAGCAGAAAUUGUCAGAAACCGCCCAGACAGACUUAGUCCCGACACCAGAGUGCCAGCCUGCGUGCAGCAUAUCACCAAUGUCUAUAUUGGACAUGGAUCGACAAAAAACGAACUUGACAGCAAAAGCACCUGGGUUGGAAGCAACUGCAAUAUCAGUACAAGAGAAGUGCAUGACCCAUCAAAGGGAACUGGCCCAGCCACAGGAGAGCACUGUUCAGGGUCCGAUUGCGAAAAUGCAAGUCGGACAGCUACUGGAGCCGGCGGAGCAGUUAACCCUCCAUAUCGAGGAGAGCUUGGGGAAGUUAAUGAUGAGCUACCCAGGGUCGUAUCCUCACCAUCCAGACGCCAACGACGACAUCGCCAAUCUUUUGAGUAGUCUAAUGAAAGACGUGGGAUCGUGUGACCUACCCACAUUUGAUCUUCGACCACGCGAGAAAGGAGUAUUGGCGAUUUGUAAAGAUGGCUUCCAAACGUUGCAGUCAGUGCUACAAGAAUACUUCCGACUGUUCUUGGUCCCUUGUAUUCUUCCCGGCCCGGGACCGCAUAGGAGAGCGGAGGAUCCCAGCACGAUUCUUAAUACUGUUACAAUUUUGUUCUUGACUUUCCCCGGAGCCUGUCUUGCCGCAUGGGCCUUUUCAUAG